AUGUGGGAGGCACUGGACCAAGCGAAGCAAUCACCACCCAAGCCAUCAAACUACCGCGUCGGCGCGUUGCUCGUUGAUGGAGACACCGGAGAGGUUAUGGUCAGGGGCUAUACUCUCGAACUCGAAGGCAACACCCACGCGGAGCAAUGCUGUCUCAUGAAAGCCGCCCAAGCUCAUGACCUACCCGAAGAGCGGGUCGGCGAGGUAUUGCCGCCAAACACUGUCCUUUACACUACCAUGGAGCCUUGCAGUAUGCGACUGAGCGGGAAUCUCCCUUGCGUUGACAGGAUCAUCAGGACGAAGGAUGCAAAUGGGAAGCCGCUGGUCAAGAAAGUGUAUCUUGGCGUCAAAGAGCCGGAGAAGUUCGUUGGCGAGAACAAGGGCAGGGCGAAGCUGGAAGAGCAUGGCAUCGAAUGCAUUCACAUCCCUGGGCUUGAGAAGGAGAUAUUGGAGGUCGCUACAGCUGGGCAUGAGAAAUAA